AAAACACACUGAAAACUGAAAAGCGAAACGAGUUGCCGCUGUCAGGCGUCAGGCGUCGUCGUCCUCCUCGAGAGAGGCCACUGACAGGUUGUGAAACUCGUUUUCCGUAGAGCUAUCGUGUCGGACAUGCUUGAUAAAGUGCGUGCAAUAGCUGGAAACGAACUGUAGCUUCAAAGUGCAUUAAAAUAUUAAUAAAAAAAAAACAAAACAGAAAAAAUAAAAAUAAAAACACAGUGCCUGGCUGGCAGGCACAGAAGAACACAGAAGACAGAACACAGAACCUACCUCUAGUUGCGGCCAAGGAAGUGCAUUCGACUGGGAACGAGGCUGUGGGAUCUGCCGACAGGCAGUCUUUUGAAGUACCACACCAUCCUAUCCUCCACACGACGACGGUACAUGUGUACUUCAGAGGCGAUAAGUCAGAAAAUCUGUUUGUGGCAAACACUUGAAGCGAAUAUACGAGGAUUUGCCGCCUGGCCGGCUAACAGACACCGACACAGAGAGAGAGAGAGAGAGCCGCGAAUGGGCCACAGUCGGAGCCAUCCAGCGUCAGAGUCAAUAAAAAGCAAAGUAAACGAAUAAAGAGCAAAGUCACACAAAACAAACAAAACAUUUUCCGGCUCCGGCGACAUUAGCAGAACUGCUCGACAUCGACAAUUUGUUUUAUCAAUUUUCAACAAGGCCAACACAGCAACAGAAACAGCAACAGCAACAGCAACAACAACAAUAGAGCGCAACAUCCAACAAACCAACAAACAACAAAAGCGCUCAAAGUGCUUAGCCGCGGCCCACAGUCGAGCACGCACGGCAUCCACACCCACAUCCACCAUCCGAGAAUCUGCCACCCCAUCGCCAUCAUCAUCCUUGGCAGUGUCGGUGUCGGUGUCGGUGACGGUGCCGAGAGCCCGAAGAACCCAACCCCUUGUCAAGUGUAUCGCCAGCAUCCCGGCAGCAGCAGAAUCAGAAUCAGAAGCAGCAUCGGAAUCGGAAUCAGAAUCAGCAUCCGCAUCCUUGCCGCGACCCGGGUCGGCGCCCCACAGCGAGGGAAGCUCGCUCGCGUGUUGCCGCUGUGCCGCCACGUCCUCCUUCACAUCAUCGACUCGGAGGAAGACGCCACCGACGACAAUGGCUGCAUAUGCGCAGUUUGGAUACGGCGGUUACCCGACGGCAAAUCAGUUGACGGCAGCUAACACCGACAGCCAGAGCGGCCAUGGCGGAGGAUCGCCGCUGUCCGGGACCAAUGAGGCUUCCCUGAGUCCAUCGGGGGGCUCGACCACAACCGGCCUCACCACAGGCCCCCUAAGUCCAGGUGCAGUCUCCCAGUCGUCGAACAAUGCGGGCCCGAAAGUCAUAUCCACUUCUCCGACGGUGGGAGAUGCGGCGGCAGGCAGCGAUGUGGCUGGUGGCAGUGUAUCAGCUGCGGAUCUUCAGGGCCGCCGAUCCGAGGGCAUGUCCUGCUGCGAGAACGGACGACCAAUCAUCACGGAUCCCGUUUCCGGGCAGACCGUCUGCUCCUGCCAGUACGAUCCAGCGCGACUGGCGAUUGGCGGCUACUCCAGAAUGGCAUUGCCCUCCGCUGGAGUGGGAGUGGGAGUGUAUGGCGGGCCAUAUCCAUCUAACGAACAGAACCCGUAUCCCAGCAUUGGCGUCGACAACUCGGCCUUCUACGCACCUCUGAGCAAUCCCUAUGGCAUUAAGGAUGCCAACGCCAGUACCGAAAUGAAUGCCUGGACCUCUGCUGCAGGACUGCAGUCCACUACCGGGUACUACUCGUACGAUCCAACACUGGCCGCCUAUGGAUACGGCCCGAACUAUGAUCUCGCCGCACGGCGCAAGAACGCCACGCGAGAGUCAACAGCGACUCUGAAGGCGUGGCUGAGUGAGCACAAGAAGAACCCCUAUCCGACCAAGGGCGAGAAGAUCAUGCUGGCCAUCAUCACAAAGAUGACGCUCACCCAGGUGUCGACGUGGUUUGCGAAUGCGCGCCGUCGCCUGAAAAAGGAGAACAAAAUGACGUGGGAGCCCAAAAACAAGACCGAAGAUGACGACGAUGGACUGAUGUCGGACGAUGAAAAGGACAACAACAAGGAUGCAGGCGAUGGUGGGAAGCUGCCGUCUGAAGUUUUUGAUCCCAGCAAUCAACUUAUCAAAUCCGAACUAGGAAAGGCGGAAAAGGACCCGGAUGUCGAGCCGAAGAUGGAGCGGGAGCGGGAGCCGCCGCCCCAGAAUCUAGUGGCCAUGCGGAGCCUGGCACCCUACGCUGCCCCGCCGAUGCACGCGGCCUACAACUCGUAUGCGCACUCGCAGCACCAGCAGCAUCUGGAGCAUCUAGAGCAUCUGGAGCAGCAUCCGCAGCAGGUGGCGGCACCAUACUAUCAUUCUGGCUACGGCCAGGAUGACACCAGCGAAUAUGCGGCUCAAAAAAACCCGCUAAGCAGAGACUGUGGCAUACCAGUGCCGGCGACCAAGCCGAAAAUCUGGAGUGUGGCCGACACAGCCGCCUGCAAGACGCCACCGCCUACGGCAUACCUCGGCCAGAAUUUCUAUCCCCAAGCGCCAGCCUCAGAGCAACAGCAGCAGCAGCAGCACCACCAGCACCAGCAUCAGCAUCUGCAGCAUCUGCAGCAGCACCAGCAGCUCCACUCUGUGGGCCCCCAGUCCCUGGUUAUGCAGCCGAGCAGCAUGACCAUGACGAUGGGGGGGCCUCAAGUCGAGCUCGGUUCGCCGCUGAGUAUGAUGAGCAGCUACGCCGGCGCAUCGCCAUAUUCGCGGAUACCUACGGCGUACACCGAGGCCAUGGGCAUGCAUAUCGGGCCCGGCAAGAUCCCACAUACCACCCCCAUCCAUACGGUGCACCGCGAGCCAGUGGGGGUGGGGUUUUCCGAGAUCCAGCCGGAUACCCCGCCCCAGACGCCGCCCACUAUGAAGCUGGGGGGCCACCACCACAUCAGCAGCAUCAGCAGCAGCAGCAACAGUUCUUCGAUGCAUUCCGCUCCCGGUCCGGCACCGGUGACGGUGGCUUCCAUGGUCAACAUUUUGUACAAUAACAACAACAGCAUUAUUAACAACAACAACAACAACAACAACAGUACUAUUACGGAGAAUAGUGCGUACAUGAGUAGUGGCGCCUAUCUCACGGAGAGCCGUGCCGGAUCGUAAUGUGGCACCAGCGAGUGGCGGCCAGUGGCGGCCAAUGGCGGCGAGUGGCCUUGAACCAGAUACCAAAUAGUACCAUAUACCACACUACUACUUACACAUUUCAAAUACACAAACACAAACAAACACACAACACACAAAACAGCCAGGCCCGAACACGGACAAGUGCAAGAGUUCGCAGAGAUGCCAACAAUAACGAUAGCGAUAGCGAUAGCGAUUACUACACUAAUUAUUUUGCAAUAAAUGUAGCUUAAGUAUGGCAAUAAAACUUUUUUUUUCCUACCAUA